AUGUCGUACGUCGCCUGGCAAGCCAAUUACAAGACCAAGGCCAGCGCGGUCAAGGCUUGCUUCCAUGGCCCGCGCGUCGGUUCGCUGGCCAAUUCCAAGGUUGGCCUCGAGUCCAUCGUUGCCAAACCCACAGGGCGACCACCGCUCUUCAGCAUCGUCCUCGAGCCAGGCACCAAGACGGACUUUGACGAGAGCACCAUCUCGAGCCGCAUCAAGGUCAUAUCCGAGCCUUUCUCAGCCCCGCUCUGCCUCGACCGCCACGUGCCGUGCCCCACUCUGCGGGGCGUCGCCGAGCCCAUGGACAAGCUGCUCGCUACGACGUCCCCUUAUCACAACAAGCUCGAGGAGGCCGGCACCACCCGGCCCGGCGACGAGUUCAGCCUGGUCGAUGCGGCCAAGAGGCUUCUGGGUCGCGCCGUCAACGGGUAG